AUGAGAGUGAGUAAAAAGCGGCAAGAUCGUGGUGUACAAUUUAUUCGCAGCAAUCUAGAACUGCUAGGUUUCGGAAAUCGUCGAGACGCGUUGGUACAGGCUGUUAAGGAAUUGUUUGAGAACGCACUCGACGCUACACAGGCCCUAAGCUCUGAAAUUUUAUGGGAUCAUGCGCCACUUGAGUUUUUGCGUAUCAGUGUUAAGUUGAAUGCCACUACAGGCAACAUUGACAUAGUAUGCGCUGACACCGGCUCAGGUAUACAUGCGCACCAGGUGAAAUUACUGUGCUGUAAUGCAUUCGAGACAACAAAGAAUGGCAAAGGAGGAGGCACUAGUGGAAAAUAUGGUGUAGGUCUAAAAGCGGCGAUGUUAUACAGUCAGAUGCAUCUAAGCGAAGCGUGUUUGAAGAUAACGACGACUUCAAAAUCGAAUGAAAUACUUUAUGUGCAGCUUCGCAUUGAUCCCGACUCAGAGGAGACAGCUAUUGUCAAAAAGGUAGCACAUUUUGUCAUAGAUGAGGAACAUCAGCAUUUUUCUGGUACGGAGAUGAGGCUAUUUAUUCCUUGUCCACAAAGUCAAUCGGCUAUCGAGAGCGCUGCGGACAUGCUAGCCUUGUAUUUUCAAAGUCUACGCUAUACCGCUCCUCCAUUCGUUCGUGUGCAUUUUACCUUUGACGUUGGAGAGACAUGCACCAGUGUCGAUUGUCAACACAAGAAAGAACCACUUGAUCGAUUUGCGGAAGAUCUGGGAGUCAGCGUGGAUGAUGUAUUGUAUGCGAUUCAUGAGGAGGAUUCCGUCUCCAUUAGCUGUGUUGCACUAAUGUUUGGCGAUAUGGACCCAAUUAUACGGAAUAACAUCGAAAUUUGUCUGCUUCGCUUCGCAAAUCACACUCCGCUAAUCAAUGGCGAGGACAUUUUUCUUUGUGGCAUCGCUAAAGGAAUUACUUCAUCUCAAGUUUGGAAAAGGUAUGGCCUUCGCUGUCAGCGAACAAGCUCGCACCUAGUGAAUCAAUAUAUCGCAAGUCCUUUGCGAGCACCUACCGGACGAAAUAUUGAUCACCUUGAUCAUCCAAUUCGCUUCGUUUUGGCAGUUGAUGUAUGCAUUGCUGGGGAUGUUUCCAGUAGCAGCAUAAGACACGGGAACUUGAAAAAAAGCACGCUCGACGUAUGCUACGCUGAUGGAGUGAGGACAUGCUGUCAGUUCAUACUACGGCAACUUGCGAAAGCUGGACGGCUCAGCACUCCACAACAGCAGCAAGAUCGCAAUCUUGUCGAGAAUUUCGCGCCAUUGAUUGCUCAAUCCCUUGCUGCCAUUGUAAAGCAAUCGCGAAUGGACGAAAUGGAUUGUAACGGAGAAUCACUGUACAGAGGCAGUAAAAAUGAUCAGCAUGACAAGGAAGUAAUUCUGAAAGGGCUUCAGGACAUCCUGCGAAAUUAG